UAAAGGUUUUCUAGUUCCACCAUCACAGCCUCUAGAUGCAAUGGUUUCAUGCACAAGUAUGCUUUAGUUUCUAUGUAUUGAAUCUGAAGCAGUGAAAGCCAGGGAACUGCUGCUAACAGCACUAAAGACCACAUAUGGGAAGCAGAUACCAGGGCCCCCAGGAGAAAAAUGUUUCAUCAGCAGCGCUGUCCGAGACUAGCAAGGAGACACGGUACUGCGCUGUGUGUAGUGACUAUGCUUCUGGCUACCAUUAUGGAGUCUGGUCUUGUGAAGGAUGUAAGGCCUUUUUUAAAAGAAGCAUCCAAGGACACAACGACUACAUGUGCCCUGCUACGAACCAGUGCACCAUUGACAAGAACAGGAGGAAAAGUUGCCAGGCCUGUCGUUUACGAAAGUGCUAUGAAGUGGGAAUGAUGAAGGGAGGACUACGUAAAGAUCGGCGUGGUCGCCACUCUGUGAAACUGAAGCGCAGAUCAAGCCAACAAGAUGAAAAACAUCACUGUGCAGGAUCUGACAGAAAGCUGGCCACUGCACUGGAUCCACAGCCUCUUCACAAAGAGACAAAAAACAUAGUGAUGAGUCUUUCAGCUGAGCAGAUCCUCUUCUUUCUACUAGAGGCUGAACCUCCAACACUGUGCUCGAAACAGAAUCACAGCAAACCGUACACUGAAGUGUCCAUAAUGAACCUGCUCACUAAUUUGGCUGAUAGAGAACUGGUUCACAUGAUAGCGUGGGCCAAAAAAAUCCCAGGCUUUAUGGAUUUAGUUCUCCAUGACCAGGUGCAGCUACUAGAAUGUUGCUGGCUAGAGAUCUUAAUGAUUGGCCUCAUCUGGCGUUCAGUGAACCAUCCUGGGAAACUGUUCUUUGCUCCAGAUUUGAUGCUUGACAGGUCUGAAGGGAGCUGUGUUGAAGGAAUGGCAGAGAUUUUUGACAUGCUUCUAGCCACUGUCUCACGAUUCCGGUCCCUAAAUGUCAGAAAUGAAGAAUAUGUUUGUCUGAAGGCGACCAUCUUAUUAAACUCUGGUGCAUUUCCCAUGCUGUCCAGCUCUGCAGAAAACGCAAGUGAGAGCAACAGCAUUCAGCUGAUUCUUGACAAAAUCUCGGACGCUCUCUUCUAUUUUAUCAGUCAGUCAGGCCUUUCUCUGCAGCAGCAGUCCCGAAGGCAGGCCCAACUGCUCCUUCUCCUCUCGCACAUUCGCCACAUGAGCAACAAGGGCAUGGAGCACCUGUACAACAUGAAGUGUAAGAACGUUGUUCCCUUAUAUGACCUCCUGCUGGAAAUGCUGGACGCACAUCGUCUUCACUCAACAGGAGAUACUGAAUUAAAGAAGACGUGUGAUGAGAAGGGUUUUCUGAACUUCUCUGUUACAAGUGGGAUGAAUGUGCAGAAAUAAAUCCCUUCCACUGCUCUUGUCUACUGCAGGUCACGGUGCAGCAUUCCUCAAUUGUGUGUGUUUUUUUUUUAAUUCCCACCUACAAAUCCGCACACUCCCAGCGUUCAAAAUACCAAACGAAGGAAUCACUGCCUACUGUCUUAAAAGACAAUUAUUUGACUUGCAGCUGAUAUGUGCAAAUGGAUACCAAAAUGUUGCCUUAGCACUGGGAAAUGUUAAUCUAUAAAUAAUAUAAAUCAUGUUGAUUAGCAAGACAACACUAGAGCAUGUUGGGUGUUGACAUUUGAUCACAUGUAUCUGCCAAAAAAAAAAAAGAAAAUCAUCCGCUGCUUGAAAAAUGCACCAAAAUGCUCAGUGCCUGAAGUGGAAACAAAUAUGUGCUGGUGCUCUCUGUCCACGUCGGCUUCUUGACUCUUCUUUGUGCUGCCAAUUGUACUCGAUUUCUUAUUUGAGUCAAAGUGGGGGAGACCCCCUUGGAGUUUUGAUCACGAUGAGAUAUGUCCAAUAAAUCGGAGAGCUUGGGGGGGAUCCCUAGGAAUUUUGCUCAUUACAUUAGAUCAAAGAAUGCUUUAGGGGGCCCUUGAAGGUCAGACCAGGAAGUUACAGUUACUGUAACUGGAAGAGUGCUGGUGUGUACUGGCCUACUCCAAGGCCUGCGAAUGCUAACAUCUUAAGGAAAAUUCUGACUUGAAGUUAAUUAAAAAUGUAAAAGUAGUAAAAUGUACGGUAUGUCCAUAACACACAUAACUACCGAGUACCAUUUGGGAUGCUUUAGUUUGCUCGAUGGUUUCUUUUUUUUUUAAAUCACUUUGACAAGUAGUCUAGGUGCUUUCGUCAAACCUUCAGACCAGAAAACUGCGACGUUCCUGAGGAUACACACGUUACACACACAGGCACCAAGAAAUGCAGUUUAGCGCUCCAGAACUACCAGCUUGACUAGAGUUUAAUGAGAUCAAUUGACUUCUGGACUAAGUUUACGAAAUAAAGCAAACUUAACCAAAGACGUGCUUGCCUCUGAUUGCCCCGGAAGGGCAAAAUAACAAAACAAAAACUAUUAAGGAGUGAAUCUUCUGCACUGAGCCACAGAAUAACAUCAGCACACCACUCUUGAAGUGGCUGACGAUAACUUUAGUUCGCUCCAGGAACGUUCCUUCAGCUUAGCAGACUAAAGGAUUUAUUUCCCGUGCUUUGGUUGGGUCAGUGAGGCAGAGUUUGCAAAUUUAAAUGAAGAUGUAGCAAGUCCAAGGCAGGUCCAGUAUUGAAUGUGAUAUGUCGAACAUGAAAGACGUCGCAGAGAUUGUGCAGGAGUUAACAAGUGAAUCUCUUUGUUUUGAGAGGUACCAGUUCUGAAUGAAUGAAAAUGAGAUCAAAUGUUCCACGCCUAAGACAAAUAUUUAUAUCGUUUGACUGGCUAAGUCGCUAAUUUGUUCUUGCAGUGAGGUUGGUUAUGAUCAAGUCAAAGAUUUGUGCUAACGUGGAGACAGACAUGUGGUCAAAACAGCACAAGGCCAUUACAGUACGUAUGCAAACGUAAUGCACAAUUUCAACGCAAUGACACAUUUUCAGACUUUUGAGACCAUUAAUUGAAAUAAUGAAUUAUGCUCCACAAAAAUGCUACCGUUAAAAUGGCUGCCCCAAUGUGUUUACGUUUUCCAGACCUCAGCUACUGUGCCCCAAAUGUAGAAAGAUGAAACCACGGGCUGAGAUAUGGCGGUGAAAAACUCCAUCCUUAACACUGCAAAGUUGGACUUGUGUAGCAAGCAUAUAGGCAUUUUUUUUUUUUUAUUAAGUCAUAAUGUCUGAUUUAGUAAUGUAAGAUAUAUUUUUUUAAAUUAGAUCUUUUACGUUAUGUAGAUAACCAUGAUAGAAGUUUUUUGCAUUCUACGUUUUAUUAGGAAAAUUCAUAAGUUCAUUUUCUCAACUCACUUGAACAAAGUUAGACAAACUACUGCAUAUCUUGAUAUAUUAACUACAGAGACGUUCUGUUUCUUUCAGAAAAAUUAUUUUAUUAUUAUUGUUAUUAUUAAAAAGAAUAUCUGAAAAGUGUCACUUUGCUAAGAUAAGCAGAAUACCUCACUGAUGCCACCUGGUGGUUUUGGCAGGUCUCGACACUAAAGCCUCAUUUAAGGUGAAUAUUUUCAAUGAUUGUGAAGUCAGACCCAGUAGACGAGUCUAACUGACAACUUCAACUCUACUCUGUGGACCUGAUCAUUCCUUCUAAAGGAUACUCACCGGUCCUGCCAUACUGUGAAGGCUGCUUGGACCUUUCAAAUCCCGUAUUCCUGAGUACAACAAGCAAAUGAGACGAAGAAACUGACAAAGCAUUGUUUUAUUUCUAAUAAUGUUGCUUUUAUAUUAAGACCACGGAGCAGACAGCGACUGAUUAUCCUAAUGGGGUCGUAUGGAUGCCGCAGUCUCUGUCUGAGUUCAUCAGCUUGUGUUGUCACCCAGAAAUCCUGCCUGCAAUGAAAACGCUUUCAAACACUUACUUUAGUUGUCUGGAUUUAUGUUCUUUCGUGCAAUGCUUUUUGCAACUGUCCAAAGAGACUUCUGCAAAGAAGUAUAAGAAAAAGGCAAACGCAAGAAGGUGAAAUGGGUAUUCACUGCAAUGUAAAGGAAAAUAGUAAAAUCUCACACAAAAACAACAAAAGGAAAUGUCCUAAACAUCUAAUAUAUCUGUACUUAUGAAAAUAUUUUUCACCUAUGUUUAACAUAAUCAAAGUUCAAAUGAUACCUCCUUUACAGUUUUACACAUUGUGAAGAAAUGCCCUCUGAAAGGGGCCAGAGUAGUUCUUCAGAUCAAUGCCAUUAGGAGGCCACUUUUGGUUCCCCAAAGACUCAGAAGGUUCCAGAAAGAACUUUGAUUUAUUUAGAUCCAUAACAGGCUCCAUAAAGUAAAUAACCAUGACUAGAUUUGUGCCAUAUCAAUGGCUCCUGAUUUUAAAAGGUCUCUUGCUGCAUUCGUGCCACAACACAGACUAAGUGCAGGUUUUCUUAAUCUGUUAGUGCCCUGAGAGGUAGUCUGCCCAACAUUAAAGACUUCACAUGAUUUUUUUUUUCCCUACACUUUAGCACAGAGAACCAACUUUGGAUGCAAAGGUCCCUCCCUGAAUGAAAUGGUGCUCCCUCAGGCAAUAGUUCUAUGAGGAACCAUACAAACCAGUAAAGAACCAUAAAACUGUCAUUAAAGAGCCAUUGUUUUUAAGAGUGUACCUGAGACUCCAGCAUUUCCUGUUUCUAGUUUUCAUGGAAAAGCCACAUAGGAGAAGUAGAACCAGAAUUUGAACGUUCUUCACCUCACCGUCAUCCAUUAGACACUGAACACCGGUACAUUUCUGUAACAGAAAUUAAGAUAGAUAAGCCCAAUCCUCGUCAUAUAUACACACACAGAGUCAGAAUUUGGAUUCUAUGCAUACCCUGGGCCCGACUGCCUGCUCCUCUGGGAAUAGGGGCUACCGCUUUGUUCUGCAGUCUACGUGAUACACCUCUGCCAUUUGCUUUGCUUGCAGGUAAAAACAAACCUUAUUUGGAGGUCUUAUCUGAGCUCUUCAAGACCCAUAGGUACAUGAAAAAUGGUAAUAGACAAAGAUCUGAAAGGGAUACUAAAGAUGAUGAAAUGUAUAUUUUUUACAAUGCACCUUAUAUGAUCGUUUUCUCUUAAGAACAUGUAAAUAGACAAAUGAAUGUAUUUUGACAGUUUUCUGAAAAAAAAAAACAAAAAUCCCCAGUAAACAACAACGAGCUAUC